GGGUUCCUACAGUGUAGGAUCCUCUACAAAUGGUAAUUUUCCUGCCUGACCCACCAAGGAUGCACCAGAACAGGAGCAAGAUAUCUGAGAAGAUAUUUAACCUCACCCUGGAGAUUAUCUUUCAGCUUACUGGAGAUGAUUACACAGUAGUGAAAAAACAUCUGAUGAGUGUUUGACCCCCAGAGGCUGUCAUUGUAUGUUAAGAGAAUGGAGAAGGACCAAGAGCCCUGUUAAGAAAGCCCUGAUACGUAAGAGAAAUAAUGAUGAGAAGAUCCUAACACUCGCCAAACAGAUCAUUGAGCUGCUGACUGGAGAGGUUCCUAGAAGGCGUGAAGAUAGAACCAUUGAGGAGUGGGAGUGCUUAAAACAAUACAAAGAUAUAUACAAGAAGGUCAUGAUGGAUAAUCACCAGCUCUUCACAUCACAGGAUAAAUCCAAUAAGAAAAAUUCACUAUUGAGAUGUUCUAGUCCUCACUAUUCGCAGGAUUGUACAUCAGAAGACCUCAGUGACCCUCAAAAUCAUCAGGAUGAAGUUUUCCUCAAUAUUAAAGUUGAAGAUUUUGAUGAUGAAAAUGACUCAUAUGAUAUAGAGAUGGAACAUCCUACAGAUAAUAUAACAUAUGAAUCCAGUAAGAGUAAUCCGCCAGAGACAUGUUCCAGUCCUCUGUGUUCCCCUGAAGGUCUAGAUGAAGAUGCCAGUGUUUCAGAGGAUCAACAGGAUGAAGAUCUCCUUGAUAUUAAAGUUGAAGUAGUCAAUGAGGAAGAAGAGGAGGAGAUGUAUUUAAUGGGUGAACGGCAAUGUAAAGAGGAGGAGGAGGAGAUUCCUGUAUUUAUUGGUGUAGAUGGUCACAGCAAGAACCUGUUCUUAUCCCCUGAUUCUGAAGGAGGAGGUAAUGAUAUUACACCAAAUUCUACAGGAGGAAAUACAUUUUCAUGCUUGGAAUGUGGGAAAUGUUUUAAUAAAAAAUUAGAUCUUGCAAAACAUCAAGAAAUUCAUGCAGGAGAGAAACCAUUUUCAUGUCUGGACUGUGGGAAAAGCUUUGCCAGAAAAUCAAAUCUAGUUCAGCACCAGAGAACACACACGGGGGAGAAGCCAUUUUCAUGUUCGCUUUGUGGGAAAUGUUUUAGCCAGAAGUCAGGACUUCUUGGGCAUCAAAAAACUCAUACAGGAGAAAAACCAUUUACAUGUUUGAAAUGUAGCAAAAGUUUUACCCAGAAGUCAUGUCUCAUUGAACAUCAAAAAAUUCACUCAGGAGAGAGGCCAUUUUCAUGUUUAAAAUGCGGAAAAUGUUUUAUCCAUAAAUCAGAUCUUGUAAGACAUCACAGAAUUCACACAGGGGAGAAACCGUUUUCAUGCACUGAAUGUGGGAAGAGUUUUACCCAGAAACAAGACCUUGCUAAACAUGAAAAAAUUCACACAGGGGAGAAGCCAUUUUCAUGUUCAGAGUGUGGGAGAUGUUUUACUCUGAAAUCUGAUCUUGUUAAGCAUCAAAGAAUACACACAGGCGAGAAGCUGUUUUCAUGUGCAGAGUGUGGAAAAUGUUACACCCAGAAAUCAGGUCUUGUUGACCAUCAGAAAAUGCACACAGGGGAGAAGCCAUUUUUGUGUUUGGAUUGUGGGAAACGAUUUACGAAGAAAUCAAGUCUUGUUGAUCACCAGAGAACUCAUACAGGAAAGCCAUUUUCAUGUUUGGAAUGUGGAAAAAGUUUCAACAGGAAAUCAUCGCUUGUUGAACAUCAGGUACUUCACACAGGGGAAAAGCCGUAUAACUGUCUGGAAUGUGGAAAAGGUUUUAACCAGAAGUGGGGUCUUGUUGAACAUCAGAAAAUUCACAGAGGAGAGAAGCCGUUUUCAUGUUCAGAAUGUGGUAAAUGUUUUACCCAAAAGUCUGGUCUUGUUGACCAUCAGAAAACUCACACGGGAGAGAAACCAUUUUCAUGUUUGGAUUGCGGUAAAUGUUUUACCCGGAAGUCAGUUCUUGCUGAACAUCAGAGGAUUCACACUGGGGAGAGGCCAUUUUCAUGUUUGGAAUGUGGAAAAUCUUUUUCCAAGAAAUCGGUUUUUGUUGACCAUCAAAAAAUUCAUACAGCAACAAAGCGCUUUUCAUGUCUGGAUUGUAGGAGAGGUUUUAACAGGAAAUUAGAUCUUGUUGAACACCAAAGAAGUCACACUGGGGAGAAGCCAUUUUCAUGUUCGGAAUGUGGCAAAUGUUUUUCUAAGAAAUCAGUCCUUGUUGAUCAUAAAAAAAAUCACACAAAAAAGAAGCAGUUUUCUUGUUUGGAAUGUGGGAAAUUUUUUUCAAAGAAGUCCAUUUUUGCUGACCAUCAGAAAACUCACACAGAGGAGACACCGAAGCAUCAAAGUCCGGAAAAUGAUUUAAGGAUGAAUCAGAUUUAGGACAUCAUAUUCUUCAUGCUUAAUCAAGUCUCGCCAAUUUCUGUAUUUUAGUUUGUCGUUUCAUUUUCUUUGACCUUUCACACCUAAACUUAUCUAGAUCUAUGAUACUCUAAAAAGGGAUAAAGAAUCGCAGAAAGCCUUACUGUUUACUGAAGUGGCGAAACCAUGACUUCUGCUUAAGGGACCAGGAGAUUUCCCUCAAUAUGCGGUGUCUCCUGGAGCUUUUUUCUUUUAUAUAGUUUCAGAUAUUUCCACUGUGACUUACCGUAGGUAAAAGCUGUGGUUCUCUGUGCACUCCAUCCACACAGCAGCACAUAAUUAAACAGAAAUGAAUGUGGCACUCCUGAAAUAUUUCAAGACUAAAGAUACCGCUGCUAUACAAUAAUAGUUGUAUUCUGACAUGAAUUUAAUUAGCUAUGGGUAACUGCUACACUUUCUUUCCUUUUGCUCCAGUUUAAAAAAAAAAUUCCUGUAGUGUUUUAGUCACAAAAAAUAAUGAAAUAUAGCUGAGGAGCAAUGCAAGGGUAGGCACUGCCCCCCAUAUGGAUGUAUUUCCAUGGGAAUUUUUAUUUUUAUUUUGUGAAAUAUUACCAUUUGUUUAUGCCACUUUAUUGAUUACUCCCUGGGGGGGGGGGGGGGGGGAUAUAUAUUGUUAUGCUUGUUGGAUUAGGUUUAUAGCAUUUAUAGAGUACGGCAAGAUUGAAAUGGUUAAAAAAUAUCUGGAUGGUUGUCAGCCAUGGCCACUUACACAUACAUAUAUUUUAAUGCUCUACACAAAAGUAGUUAUGAAGAAGUUUUCACUUUGUUCAUAUACAAACCUGUUGUUACAAAUCAAAGUCAUAAUAAUGAUUUUCAGACAGAUUUUCAGACUAAAUAGACUUUCUGCCAGGUCAGACGGCUUGUUGCUCAGAUUUACUGACUGGUUAGGCACAAAAUCUGUGUUUGUAAACUACCCUAAGCAGGGAAACUUGGAAUGCUUUUGCAUUAAGUUCAUUACUAUAAUUUGGUCUGAUGGAGCAAAAUAGAUGUAACGUUCAAAAUCCAUUAACCGGACAUUUUUCUACUGUUGCAAGUGAAAGUUGAACAUUUGAUAAAAUUAACUCUAUCAAUAUGUCUACCAUCAUUUUGACAGAUAUCUUAAAAGUUGA